GAGGGGCAGAGAUGCAAACUACUGGGGGGAAUCUCCCCAUUGUGGGAGGGGCAGAGACACAAACUACUGGGGAGAAUCUCCCCAUUGUGGGAGGGGCAGAGACACAAACUACUGGGGAAAUCUCCCCAUUGUGGGAGGGGCAGAGACACAAACUACUGAGGGGAAUCUCCCCAUUGUGGGAGGGGCAGAGACACAAACUACUGGGGGGAUUCUCCCCAUUGUGGGAGGGGCAGAGACACAAACUACUGGGGAGAAUCUCCCCAUUGUGGGAGGGGCAGAGACACAAACUACUGGGCGGAUUCUCCCCAUUGUGGGAGGGGCAGAGACACAAACUACUGGGGGGGAAUCUCCCCAUUGUGGGAGGGGCAGAGACACAAACUACUGCAAGGAAAUCUCCCCACUGUGGGAGGGGCAAAGACACAAACUACUGGGGGGAAAUCUCCCCACUGUGGGAGGGGCAGAGACACAAACUACUGCAGGGAAAUCUCCCCACUGUGGGAGGGGCAGAGACACAAACUACUGGGGGGAAAUCUCCCCACUGUGGGAGGGGCAGAGACACAAACUACUGGGGGGAAUCUCCCCAUUGUGGGAGGGGCAGAGACACAAACUAC